GGGAGAGCGGCGGCGCGGGCCCAAGUUUAUGCUAAUCCGCGCAGAGCCCGCCUCCCGCCUCCCCUCUGCGGCCCCAGCCACGAGCAGCGCCGGCCACUCGGCGGGACGCAGCCACCGCGAAGCGCCAGGCGGCUAAGUGAGCGAGUUUCGGGGGCCGCGAGGGGCUGUGGGAAGCCGGCCGGAGAGCUGAGGUGUCGGCGUGGCGGGCGCACACUCACGGGGGCCACCGUCCGGGGCCAGGUGGAGACGCGGUGGCCGCGAUGGGUCGCCGCCGCCUGCCGGUCUGGCUGUGCGCCGUCGCGGCGCUGCUCUCGGGGGCGCAGGGCAAGGGCACGCCGCUCCUGGCUCGGCCGGUCCCGCCCAGCGCCGCCCGCUACAGCCUCUACACGACGGGAUGGCGCCCCCGGCUGCGCCCGGGGCCGCACAAGGCCCUCUGUGCCUAUGUUAUGCACAGGAAUGUGACCUGCGUCCUACAGGAGGGAGCAGAGAGCUACAUAAAAGCUGAGUUCCGGCAGUGUGGAUGGGGGCCCAAGUGCCCCGGGACAGUCACGUACCGAACGGUGCUCAGACCCAAAUACAAGGUUGGCUACAAGACAGUGACAGAACUCACCUGGCGUUGCUGCCCUGGCCUCACUGGAGAAAGCUGCCCCGAGCACCUCACGGAUCAUGGGGCCACCCCACCCCGGCUGAAUCCUGAACCCCAGAUUCCCUCAGGGCAGGUGGGCUCAGGUCCCAGGCCCCCUCCUCACAGCCAAGCAGACCCUAAUCCCCACGGAAGGAAAGGCCUAGGGCUGUUUGGCGAGCGCCUGGAACGCCUGGAGGGUGAUGUUCAGCGCCUGGCACAAGCAUAUAGUACCCUCAGUGGCCUAGUGGCCAGCCAUGUGGACCCCAACAAGAAAACUGCAGUCCCCAGGGUUCCUGCUGCCCCUGUGGGCUUUGAUGUCAUCCCUGAGGGGCAUGUGAAUCCAGCAGACAGAGCAGGAGGACCACUCACGCCUCCCCUUGGUGAGAUCCUGAGCAAGGUAACAGAAGUGAGCAACACGCUGCAGACCAAGGUGCAGCUGCUAGAUGAGGUGCAUGGACUUGCCCUUGGCCAUGAGGCCCACCUGCAGCAGCUGCGGGAAGCCCCGCCAUCCCCGCUGACCUCCCUGGUAUUGCUGGAGGAAUAUGUGGACCAACGGCUGCAGCGACUCUGGGGGAGCCUCCUGGAUGGCUUCGAGCAGAAGCUGCAAGGUAUCCAGAGUGAGUGUGACCUACGGGUGCAGGAGGUUCGGCAACAGUGUGAGGAGGGCCAGGCGGCCAGCCGGCGGCUACACCAGAGCCUCGAUGGCCGGGAGCUGGCCCUGCGCCGGGAGCUGUCACAGCUGGGCACUCAGCUGCAAGGCUUGAGUGUGGCUGGUGGGGGCGGUUGCUGCAGCCAGCUGGCCUUGGUCAGUGCCCGUGUGGACAGCCUUGAGAAGAACCUGAGGGCAGUUGUGGAGGCCCACAAGGGCCCCGGCACCCCAACCAGGGAUGAGCUUGACCAGCUCUCUGCUGCCAUGCUUGAGGGAGGUGUGGAUGGGCUGCUUGAGGGCCUGGAGACCCUCAAUGGGACAGAGAAUGGAGCGAGGAGCUGCUGUCUGAGGAUGGAGAUGGGGGGCUGGGGUGUGGGUGGCUUCGGGUCCAUGCUAGAAGAGCGUGUGCAGAACCUAGAGGAGCGCCUGGCAACAUUAAUCGGAGAGCUAAACCAUGACAGCGUCCCACUGGACAGGUCCAUGCGGCCCCUUGUGCCCACAGAGCUGGCCGUGCUAGAACAACGAUUGAUCUCCUUGGAGACCUCAUGCACCCCCAGUACCACUUCAGCCACCCUGGACAACCUCGUGUCGGAGGUGAAGGCCUGGAAGAGCCGGAGCGAGGCCCUCCUACACCAGGUGGCCAGCCACACAGCUCUGCUACAGCAACUCAAUGGCACUGUGGCUGAAGUCCAGGGGCAGCUAGCAGAAGGGACAGGCAGCUCACUCCAAGGUGAAAUCACUCUACUGAAGGUCAACCUGAACUCAGUGAGCAAGUCACUCACGGGCCUCAGUGACUCUGUCAGCCAGUACUCUGAUGCCUUCUUGGCUGCCAACACAUCUCUGGAUGAGCGGGAACGCAAGGUGGAGGCUGAAGUCCACACCAUCCAGGAGCAGGUCAGCAGCCAAGGCUCAAGGCUCCAGGCUGGCCACAGGCAGACCCUGAACCUGCGGGGGGAGCUGGCACAUCUCAAGGCUGGCAUGGCCAAUGUGGCCAGGGGGCUGAGCCGCUGCCAGGACACAGCCCAAGAACUCCAGCGUGCCGUGGGCCACUUCGACCAGCGGGUGGCCCAAGUGGAGGGCAUGUGCAGGAGGCUCGGCCUGCUGGCUGCCAGCCUGGACAGCUUGCCCACCGAGCCUCUUAGGUUGAGGGAGGGCCUGUGGGGCCACAUGGACCAGCUGAAUCGCACACUAGCCCAGCACACAGAGGACAUCGCCCGCCUCCGAGAUGACCUGCUGGACUGCCGGGCCCAGCUGGCUGAGCAGGCAAGGCUAGGGCAAGCCGACUAGGCAGGCUGGAGAGGAUCCAAGCCCCAAAUCACCUCAACCCUGGGAACAUCAUCCCAGAGCCCAGUCCUACCCAGCCUCCCUGGACCAGCCCAGUUGCCACUUCAGAGGCCACUGGGCCAAUGGUCUUAGUCCAGCUUCAUAUGACCAUCCUGGUCAUCAGCGCGGCACGAACUAGACAAUUCAGGAUAGUGAUCAAGGCGAGGCUGUCAUGCGUGAAGGCCAGGAUGCACUCAGAGAACACACAUUCCAUGGUCUGCAACUCGCUUUUUUAGACACAUCAGAGUUAGCAACUGUGCAAGUUCCUUGUACCCGUUGUCAGAUGGGCCUGUCCACAGCUCCCCUUGCACAAGGGGUCGUGUCAGCCCUUGGAGAUUCCUGUUCUCUUGUCCCUUGGCUUCUACCCACAGCCAUUUGGACGAGGGUUCUGCUGGAAAGUGGUCCCCACUGGAACUAUCCCCACACCUGGCAGCUUCAUGGAUGCUGUUUCUGAACCAAGGACCAGAAGCCACUAGAGACUUCCAGCUCCGCACACAUCCUUUAGAACUGAAUGGAAGCCCAGCGACCCAGCUGAGAGUUUUCUUUAUCCUUCUGCUCCUCCGUCAAGGUGAGGGCUCAGGCAGCUGUAGACUCCUAGCAGAGUUAGAUCCAGGCAAUCCGUUUGGAGACCCGUUUGUUUUUUUCUUUUCCUUCCCCAAAGACGUUUUCAGGACACUGGUCCUCUUUCCAGUUGGGGAAAAAUCACCUGUGUUCCUCCAGGUCAGUACCUGUCUCCUAUGUGUGGCCUUAGUGUAUAUCGAGGCCUAAAAGUCAGACCCUGAGAAAGCCAUAGCUGGAGGAAAAGGGGUUCAGGCCUUGCUGUUAACACUCUUACAAAACCCCAGUCCUGCAAAGAUGAUCACAAGGUGAUAAUUCAGGUAUGACACCAUCAAGGCACAACUGGAAAAAUGCAAGUGUUCCUCAGGCCUACGCAGUUCCACCUGCGCCGAGGCUCUCGGCCUUAAUUUCCCUCACAGUGGCAUGGGCCUCCUGUGCCGUUGGCAGCAGGCUUCUGAACAUUCCGUGCUGUGCCCUCUACUCUGGUGCUGUGGGAGGAGGGCAGGUUCUGGAUUAAAGCUUUCAGCCGGUCUA